CACUUCAGUCCCGGCAAUGUCUGCUUUUGCUUGGGAAAAGCAACAAGCAGUGAACCUCUGAGGCCUACUGUGUCAGGGCAGUGACCUUCUGAAGAGUAAAAUAGCCACCAUUGCCCACAUUCCACUGUCACCAUGUCAGGAAGCUGUACCCCUACUGCUGGUGGGCCCUUCUCUGCUCUCACGCCCAGCAUAUGGCCUCAGGAGAUCUUGGCAAAAUAUGCCCAGAAAGAAGAAUCUGUUGAACAGCCAGAGUUCCGGUAUGAUGAAUUUGGUUUCCGAGUAGACAAAGAAGAUGGCGCAGAGCCAAACUCUAGCAAGCUCUUGGGGAUCCCACUGGUUGAAGAGCCACAGCACAGGCUGAAAUGGCAGGCCCACUUGGAAUUCACACACAACCAUGACGUGGGGGACCUCACCUGGGACAAGAUAGAAGUCACACUUCCACGUUCCGAUAAGCUGCGAUCAUUGGUGUUGGCUGGCAUUCCUCAUAGCAUGAGGCCACAGCUGUGGAUGAGACUGUCAGGUGCUCUGCAGAAGAAGCGAAAUUCAGAAAUGUCAUAUCGGGAAAUUGUGAAAAACAGCUCAAAUGAUGAAACCAUUGCUGCCAAACAAAUUGAGAAAGAUUUGCUCCGCACCAUGCCCAGCAAUGCCUGCUUUUCCAACAUGAAUAGUAUUGGAGUGCCGCGACUACGCAGAAUUCUCCGGGGACUGGCAUGGCUGUAUCCAGAAAUAGGCUAUUGUCAAGGCACUGGCAUGGUAGUCGCUUCCUUGCUCCUUUUCUUGGAAGAGGAAGAUGCCUUCUGGAUGAUGUGUGCUAUCAUUGAGGACCUGGUGCCGGCCUCCUACUUCAACACUACUCUGAUGGGUGUCCAGACUGACCAGCGCGUCUUGCGCCAUCUCAUUGUGCAGUACUUGCCACAGCUGGACAAACUUCUCCAGGAACAUGACAUUGAGCUCUCCUUGAUCACCCUGCACUGGUUCCUCACAUCAUUUGCUAGCGUUGUGCAUAUCAAGCUGUUGCUACGAAUUUGGGACCUCUUUUUCUACCAGGGCUCCAUAGUUCUCUUCCAGGUCACACUGGGCAUGCUCAGCAUGAAGGAAGAUGAGUUGAUUCAGUCAGAGAACUCUGCCUCCAUCUUCAACACACUCUCGGACAUCCCCUCUCAAAUUGAAGAUCCAGACGUGCUCCUGCAGGAAGCCAUGCGUGUCGCUGGUUCCCUGACGGACGUGGCAGUGGAGACUCAGCGAUGCAAGCACCUGGCGUACCUCAUUGCGGACCAAGGGCAGCUGCUCAAUGCAGGGGCUUCUGUCAACUUAUCAAAGAUCGUGCGACGCAGGACACAGCGCAGGAAAUCUGGCAUCACCUCUCUGCUUUUUGGGGAAGAUGACAUGGAGGCACUGAAGGCCAAGAACAUUAAGCAGACGGAGCUGGUUGCAGAGUUGCGCGAGGCCAUCCUGCAAGUGGCACGGCAUUUUCAGUGUGUGGAUCCCAAGAGCUGCAGCAUAGAUUUGACUCCUGAUUACACCAUGGAGAGCCACCAGCGGGACCAUGAAAGCUAUGUGGCUUGUUGCCGGAACCAUCGGCGACGGGCCAAGGCAUUGCUGGAUUUUGAGCGCCAUGAUGAUGAUGAACUGGGCUUCCGUAAGAAUGAUAUCAUCACGAUCAUCUCUCAGAAGGAUGAGCACUGUUGGGUGGGAGAGCUGAAUGGCCUAAGAGGUUGGUUUCCUGCAAAGUUUGUGGAAGUUCUGGAUGAACGGAGCAAAGAGUAUUCCAUUGCUGGAGAUGACUCUGUCACUGAAGGUGUGACGGACUUGGUUCGAGGGACACUCUGCCCAGCCCUCAAAGCCAUAUUUGAACACGGGCUGAAGAGGCCGUCUCUGCUGGGGGGGCCCUGCCACCCCUGGCUCUUCAUUGAAGAGGCUGCUGGGCGAGAAGUGGAGCGUGACUUUGACUCUGUGUAUUCUCGUCUUGUGCUCUGCAAGACCUACAGGUUGGAUGAAGAUGGGAAAGUGCUAACUCCAGAGGAGCUGCUUUAUCGGGCGGUGCAGUCUGUUAACAUGUCCCAUGAUGCAGUACAUGCCCAGAUGGAUGUGAAGCUUCGUUCUCUUAUCUGCAUUGGACUGAAUGAGCAGGUGCUGCAUUUGUGGCUUGAGGUGUUGUGCUCUAGCCUGCAGACCGUGGAGAAAUGGUUCCAUCUCUGGUCAUUCUUGCGCAGUCCUGGCUGGGUGCAGAUCAAGUGUGAGCUCAGAGUCCUCAGUAAAUUUGCAUUCAGCCUUUCUCAGGAUUGGGAACUCCCUGUAAAAAGAGAGGAGAAGAAGAAACCACUGAAGGAAGGAGUCCAGGACAUGCUUGUGAAGCACCAUCUCUUUAGCUGGGACAUAGAUGGGUGAUUCUUUGGCCUCUAUUUGGACUUCUUGGAUGACAUCAAACCAUUGGCAUAUUCUCCUCCCUUGCAGCCUGUUCCCCCUUCAGUCUGUCCCUCUCACCAACAGUCUUUGCUAGUCAAGAGUUCUCUUGUGGACUGGUAUCAGUUUGCUUAACAGGUGGGCAAUAGCAUAUUGAUGAGAGCAGGGGUUGUGCUGCAUUGUUUGAAACUGUGGCUGUCUAGCUUCCCUUUCCCAUGGUGUCAGUAACUUGGUUGUGCAGAGCAUGUGCAGAUUAUGGAAGUCAUGUACCACUCAGGAGUCUGCGCCCCUUGGAUACCAAGCCUAUUCAAGGCCUGCUGGUCUGGGCAAGAGGGAAGACAGUAAUGUUAGACAGAUUCAUAUAUGGGAGGGAGAGGAGAUCAACAGAUUGCAAGUUCCUCCAAGGCUCACUUUAUUUAUGAUGCUUAUUUUGUUACAUACAGCUAACAUGUGAAACACCCCUUAUUAGUGUGUCUCUGAAAGAGAGAGACUGAUUCAUGACUAGUUUUCCCAGGUGCUACAGUGCAUGAAUGGCUGGGCUACUGCCACAAAGUGCCUAAAAUGGCUAGCUGGUUUAAAACUGCAUUGGUUGGCGCAGCAGGAACCUAGCCUUUAAUUCUGGCUCUUAGCUGAACAGCAUCAGUUCAUUUUAGCCUGGAACUUUAUAAAGAAAAAGAGAGAGAUUACCAAAAGAUGUAAAAUGUAUCCAGAAAUCUCUGUAUAUUUUGAUGUAGCUUAGCAGGAAAUGGAUUCAGGACCGAGAUGGCUCAGGGAGUCAACUGCAACCUACACUGAUGAUGAUGGUAGAGGCUGCAAGACAGGAGCACAUCAUUUAGGGAGCACAAUCACUUGUCAUUUUGGUUUCUAAGUAAAUUGCACAUCUUGUGACUAAGACAGUAAUAGGGAAGUAGGACUGCUCUUCAGAUGCCUUAUUUCUGUUCUCCUGAGUUAUGUGGGAAGUAUUAGUAGUUGGAAGGAAUAAUUGACACUUCUGCGAAUGAUUCUAGGAUUUGAAUAUUAAGUAAAUCAGCCUUGAAAUACUGUGUUUCUUAUUCAGUGAAUAGUAGUGUUACAGUCUGGUCAGCUAGAAUAUACUGACUGUGACCUAUAUGAGAAUAGAUUGCAAGUCCCUUUCCCCAUAGUUGCAUUCUGUUCUACUACUGGAUAAUUUGCCACACUACUUUCAAGGUGCUGUUUUUAGGAAGGAGAAACUGUCGCAAUAGUGUGAAAUGGCUCUUCAUCCCUCCACAAAUGUUGAAUGCCUUUGCUGUCUUUUCACCAUGGCACGUAUCAGUAUCCAUUUUGCCAUGACCAAAGAUGAGAUGUACAAAGAUGUUACAACACAAUUUUUUUUAAUAAAAUGGAUUUUUCAAAUAACUGAAAAAAUAAUUUGAUUUAUCCAUUAUAUUCAUUCCAUACCCUUUUCCAGUUGCAUGUUCACUCCAGGUCCAAUACUAUAGCACUGCGUAAGCCUCUUGCGGGUGCUGAUAACCCCUUUUCAUUGAUGCAUAGUGGAAUAAGUGUGCGUGCUAAUCAAAUACAAGCAGUGGUUAUCAGCAGAAGAGUGUGUACAUUCAAACCAAAGGAAGACCCUUAGACUUUGUUUUACUUUGGGGAUAAAAAGGAGAAUUUAGGGAACUUAUUUUAUAAGCCAUGUGUUUUUAGACACUGGCAAAAGAGCCCAUCUUAAUACCAGUCACUUUCUCGUUCCACAAAAGAGUAGUAUUCCUACAAUGGGCUUAACCGUAGUGCUUUUCUUCAUAAUUUUACACUAGACAUGUUUACCCUUUCAAAACCAGGCAGCUGUUGGGGAUAGCACCUUUCAGCACAAACCCGCUAAAGCUGCCCUGAUCUGAGCAACAAGUACCUUCCAGUCUAAACUCAUUAACUGCUCUUAGUCUGAAAACAGGUAAGAUACUACUGAACCAGAUCCUCUCCCCACACUGAAGUUGGCUUAUUCUUAUUUUCUAUACUGUGAACAAUCCCAAGUCUAGACCAAACCUUCCCAAUUAGUGGUAAACUGAGUGACAAUAUUAGUAGUAGGUCUUGAAGAGUAUGCAAGAGAUACGCCACCUUCAGCAGCCAUUAAUUUAAUUUCCAAAACAGUCACAUUUUACUGAAUGAAAUAAGACGUGCAGUUGGCCAAUCACAUAACUAAUAUUCUCUUCAAAUCCAUUCAUCAUAAAAGAGGGUGUAUAGGAUAUGUUAUGUAGACUUGAUAAAAUAUAAGAGAAACAGAAGGGGCUCUUGGAUCCUGUCAAAUGACAGGACCCUUCUUCCUUCUGCUGUGGGGUGAAAGGCAGUGCCAGCAGACACAUUUAACUACGAAUUUUCUAUGGGAGGGGAAGAGACUAAUAGAAAUACAAUUUCCUUUGAGUGACAUGUGCAAUAAGGCUAAAACUGGUAGUCUAAGGACCAAAUCCUCUUCCCCACCAAACCACAGGCUAAAAUACCAGCUCCCCAACAGUUUACCACACAGUAGGAGCUAAAGGGAAGUAACUACCCCCUAACCAGGUAGAUAACUUCAUCUGCUUUCCAAAAACAAAACAAGUUUUAUAACGGCUAUAUACAGAAAUUUUACCAGCUAUAACUGAAACCAGAUAUCAAGAGGCAAGACUGUGGUUUCUAACCAUCCUCUUAACCACACAGCAGCAGGGACUAUGGCUACAGGAAAGUUCCUCUGUGCAAUGAAAGACAUGCAACUCCUUAGGCAAACAGCACCAAAAACUCUUGCCACAGAGAGGAGGUUAGUGCUCAUGCUCUUGGAGAUCAGCUGAACUCUCCAAACGGAAGUGGAGCCACAACCCUUAACCUACAGCCAAGACCAGACAUCCCCAUGACACCAACCUCCAAAUCAGAGAAAGCUAUACUUCAUAUGCAGGAAAACCCUUGGGAGGAGUAGCUGAACUCAAACCCAUGAACAGCAUAAGCACUAGGAACAGGUGCAUAGUGCAGCUCAUCUGCUCCAGUGCUUAUGUUUCCCAAAGGCCCAAACGUCACAGAGCGCCACCACUUUGAAUAAGUAAGUUCUAGCCAACUAGGUUUCAUAGGCAGGGUUAUUAAGAGGAGGCGGCAGAGCUAUUACAGGGGGCUAGGAGUAUCAUCCCCAAUGCAGCUGUAUUGAUUCAUAACCAACUGAGUGCCUGAGACAACAAUGUCAGGUGAGAUACAACAGCUAGGGCAUACAGCCGCCUCUUAGGUUUUAGUGGAACAAGGGCUACAUGCAGGAAUUAUGUAAGCUGUGGCACAUAACAUGGACUUGGCUUUCUUGCCAGGCAGAAAGCACCUAUACUAUGGCAUUGUUAGGGAAUUGCUCUUGGAACAGGAUGCUCAUCCAUAUAAGCAGAAACCUCACUAGUCCUGUACUCAUCCUCCCACCUCCAAAGAUGGCCAAAUUAACUUUUGCCAAGUUAAAAAGAAGUGCAGUUGCUUUCUAACUAGGCAGACUGAAGGUCAGGAAGGAAGCCUGGUUUCUCCAUUAAGUUCUUCCAAACUGCUUUUGAUUCUUGGCUUUGAACUAAAUCCUCAACCCCAUUCCAUUCUGAAAACCAACAAGUCAUACAACUGGUGCGACCACUGAACAUUUGAGGAAAGGACCCUGCCUUAGUCCACCAAAAGCUAUGAGAAGUGUGGUAGCUUGCCUGAGGUUGAAUCAGAAGACAUCACUGGUACGUGCCCUUGGCUCUAGCUUCAUGAAAGCCGGUCAAAAUGCGGGGCUCUUAAGAAAGAGGAGACUUUCACUUAAGAGCCCACCCAUGUCCUACAACCCAGCUGUACUGCUCCGCUGAAGUCUGCAUGCUCAGAGAGCUAUAAGCAAGAAUCCCAGUGCAGCUGUAAAUCAUGUCCAUCAAGGAAGUCUGUGGAGAAGAGGCUAGGUGUUGCAGUACUGAGGGGGGUGAGGCUCAUCACUGGCCCUCCUGACAGCUCCAACCAAUCCAUACUGUCCAAGUUAGCCUCUCCCAGGUCCAAGCUUGGUUCCCCAGUAGGCUCCGGGGCAAAGUGCAAUUCUGAUGUGUCCAUAGGUGAAGAUGGGUGGUCCAGGAUAGCUGAACUGCUUAGCAUCUCGCUGUAGAGGUCAAUUAGGGACAGAGGCUCAGGUCCAUCAGGUCCAGCUGUCAGCAAGGGGAGGCCAGUGCUGCUUACCAAGAAGUCUUCCAGCCUGCCUGCUGGGGUGGGAUUAAUAGAGCUGGUGUGGCUCAUGGGCACCUGCAGGGGGAGCUCUGAGGAAUGGUGGCUGUUGGACGGAGAAGGGCAUCCUGGGGAAAUAGUGGCGCCUUUCCUUCCUGGGGAAGAUUGCUCCUUGAACUGAGCUGAAAUC